AUGUAUAAGCCGCGGACCCGGGUCGAAUGGGCUUUUAUAGGGGUUACAGCCACCCAGGCAAUCGGAACAUCGAUCCUUGAUAUAGUUGUACUUCUACGAUACUUUGCCUGGAUCAACCCCGUCGUUUAUCAGGUCCCUUCUUCGUAUGUUGUGCCAUUGAACUUCGGUCUCUUUAUCCUAGGCAAUGUCUACCUAGCGGGUCUGGCCAUCGAUGCCCUUCGAGCGAGGAACAAUCUCCAGCUAUUUGGCAUCUGCAUCUUCAACGUCGGCGUUUUCGUCUUCUCCCUCAUGCGUUUUGGACAGACGCGUGAAAACGCAGAAAGGCUGGCUCGCAACCACGCUCUUGAUAACAUCCCGUUUGUGAAGGCGGACGUCAGCUUUUGGCCAGUAGUCCGGCCAGUACUCAUCGUGUCAAGCGUACUUGUAGGUGCCUGCAUGGUAUCAUCAUGGCUGCUCACUUUCCGACUGAAUCGUGAGUUCGCUUGGGCGAUCUACCGGCACAUAAGCGGGAGUCUCUCGGUCAGGCGCAAGUACCUCACCUAUCAAGUGCUAGUCGUCGUCAUGAAGCUGGAUGUCUACUUCGUGAUUGCUUUCAUUAUCAUCUACGGUUUGGUGGACGUGCACUACGCGAUUCCGGAGUUUCCAUUGACCAUGGCUAUUAUACCAGUACUUUGGAUACAGGUAGCCAUGACCAUCGUAUUCACGAAACGGGAGAACAAGAUAGGAGCGGCUGCAGCCUUAGUUCUCAGAUUCGGUGAGAUAGCCUAUCUAAUCAGCCGCAUACUCAUCUUGAACGACAUACCGCACAGCGGACUUUCGAACACAAUCUUAAAAAACGAGAUGCUCCUAUUUGCGGGUUGCUCGCUGGCACUAGCAACGACUGCUUGCGUGAACGCCACCGUCUGCAUAUUGAAUUUCAAUCAAGGGCUGAAGCCACUGCUUGCGAGCUCAGGCUUGAAGACAGGCACUUACAACUUCGAGCCGAUUCAUGCACAGGCGCGUUUAUCAGUAAGACUUGAGCUGGAUUAA